CGAUCUUUUUCGAUCUUUCUCUCUCUUCUCCCAUCUCUUGCACUCGCCAUGGACGGCCGGAACGGCAGCCCAAACCGCGGUCUCGCCGGCGCGGAGCCCGUGCGCUCCCGCUGGACCCCGAAGCCGGAGCAGAUCCUCAUACUGGAGUCCAUCUUCAACAGCGGCAUGGUUAACCCCCCCAAGGAUGAGACGGUGAGGAUCCGCAAGCUCCUCGAGAAGUUUGGCUCCGUCGGCGACGCCAACGUCUUCUACUGGUUCCAGAACCGGCGGUCAAGGUCCCGCCGCCGGCAGCGGCAGCUGCAAGCCGCGGGCCUCGCGGCGGAUCCCGGAGCUGCGAUGCACGCACGCCAGGUCGGUGGUGCAGCUCUGUAUGAACCGACCUCGACCGGCAUGUCAUCGAACAACUCGUCUGGUGGAGGCAGGCUCUUUGCUUGCUCUUCUUCUGCUUCUUCUUCUUCUUCUUCCUCCUCCUCAUCCUCUAGCCUUGUGGGGGAUGAUGGAGGUGCCGAUGAUCUCUUCUUCUCUCGCCAGAUGGGCUUCAUGGAGAGUUGCCAGAAUCCUUUUAUGUGCUAUCCUGACGUCGGUCCAAUGAACUAUCAGCCUGGGACCAUCACUGUCUUCAUCAAUGGGAUCCCAUCAGAAGUUCCAAGAGGACCUAUAGACUUGAGAGCUAUGUUUGGCCAAAAUGUGAUGCUCGUCCACUCCUCCGGAGAGCUUCUUCCCAUCAAUGAAUACGGAAUUCUACUGCAGAGCUUGCAGAUGGGUGAAAGCUACUUCUUGGUAUCAACAUCUACUUAAUCCAUGAGAAAUGGCAUCAGCAGAAUCGAAUGCCUCUUCCAGUGAUCACAAUUUCAGAAGCAAUCUCACCUCUUGUCAUAAUUUAAUGAUCUACCACAUCCUUAUGUGUCUAAUUAUUACCAUGGCUGAAGCUGUUUGUAGCUUUCCUA